GGUGGAUCCGCGUCGCUCUUCCGCUCGGAUCGGGAAUUUUUGCCGAAAGAUGCAUGCCGUGAAUUUUUUUAAAUGAAAUGUUUUAUUAAUAUUUAGAAAAUAUUCUAUGCUACUAGGGGUUUUCAAUAGGUGUCGAUAAUUCGAUAGCUGUGAAAUAAAGUGUCGGGAAAAUGGUCUGACGUGUGGGAAAACUUCACGGGCAGCAUGCGCUGGAAAAUCGCCGCUUUUUAUGUAGUGGCUCAUCUGUCGAUCAUCCACUCGGAUUUUGAUUACAUGGGAUUGUUGUCGGAGACCCUGAGGACACGCCACGGUCUCGGGUGCACAACUCCUGGUGCAGCUCUCGACUCCAUCACCCUGCGCUGUCCACCCGGGACGACGAUCAGCGUCACCAUGGCUCGCUACACGGAUCACCCCAGCACCCCCGACGCCCCCGACGCCUUCGCCGCCCUGGACGCCUCCGACGUCGCCGACGUCCCCGUGUGCCCCGUCCCCGAGGUCGCCAGCAACGACCUCUUCGUCCGGAACUGCACAGGAGGGUCGAAAGGAAAAUGGCGGGACGCAGCGCACGGGAGCUGGGGAAGGUACUCUCUACUGCAGACAGUGGUGGAGGCUUGUCAGAAAAAGAGGCAAUGCCGUGUUUCCGCCAACAGAAGCGAGAAGGGGCCAUGUUUCCAUCGCGGCCAUCUUAGGAGACCUCGACUCAUAGAGCUUACGUACAAAUGUCGACCAUACGAAUUUCGAAGUACCGUGGCCUGCGACGGCGAGACGAUUGCACUUUCCUGCAACCCUGGGAACCGCGUUGCAGUUUAUAGUGCAGUUUACGGCAGAACAGAAUACGAGACAUUUCACUGUCCUCAGCCAUCGGGUGUGCCCGAAGAAACUUGUGUGGCCGAGGGGGGAAUAAGAGGCGUAAUGAGAGCUUGCCACGGUCGUCGAAGCUGUUUUUUAUCAGUCACCCCGGAAUCCUUUAUCCACCCUUUGAGCACCAACCCCUGCAAGGAAAUCAACACCAAGCCCUACCUCUACGUGGUUUACACCUGUGUCCCACGCAGAGUCCUGGCGGAGGUCUACGAAGUCCCUCAACUUCCUGACGAGGCUGAGACCCCGACCGAGGUCGACAUCCUCGAGGAGGGCUUCGACAAGGUGGAUUUCAAGGCAGCUUUCAGUCCGAGUCCCAACCUGGUGGCUCGUCCUCCAGCCACCCAGGAGAUGAGUCGAACCUCGAGGAUCCCGGUCCUGCAGCCUCCUGCCUAUGAUGAGGGAGUUGCACCAAGAGGCGACGAGGAGGAGGACGAGGGCACGUUCUACGUGUGGAUCGGCAUUUGUUCUGGUAUCCUGGUGGCCAUCAUCGCGAUCCUAGGACGACUGAUAUUCUAUCAGAUACAUUCACAGGGAGCGAAUCGCUCCAGACAGCCGAAUAUAAAAUACCAGGGCGAGAUCGGCACCCUGGAGGCCGACCUGGACCUCACGUCCGUCUCUUCGGCGCACGAGAAGAGGCGAGUAGUUCCGUUCGGCGCCGUCUUCUUGAGAGGUGUCGCUCUCAUCGAUACCACUAUGUACUAA